AUGACGAAAUUAGCGCAGUGGCUGUGGGGGCUGGCGCUCCUGGGCUCCACCUGGGCGGCCCUGACCAUGGGAGCCCUGGGCCUGGAGCUGCCUUCGUCUUGCCGGGAGGUCCUGUGGCCACUGCCCGCCUACUUGCUGGUAUCUGCCGGCUGCUAUGCCCUGGGCACCGUGGGCUACCGCGUCGCUACUUUUCACGACUGCGAGGACGCCGCCCGCGAGCUACAGAGCCAGAUCCAAGAAGCCAGAGCCGACUUGACCCGCAGGGGACUGCGCUUCUGA